UGAUGAUAAAAACCAGAUUCGACUGUAUUGGAAUUUUGAAUGAGAAAUGUCAUUGGAGCUUGACCAAACUGCGGGUCAGGGCAGGAACACCAGAAGAUUCAGUUGGCGCCAGCAUCAGCGUUCCCAUUAUGAUGAACAGCCCUCCGAGAAACUACACACGCUCCUAUUGAUCGGCAAAAAAAGUUGGUAAAGGAUAGACAGGACAGACAGGACAGACAGGACAGACAGGACAGA